GAUCUCAAUAACGCAACAUCUAAUGGCAAUGUUGCAUUCAAAACACCCAGUUUACCUGGUUGCAAACCAUCACCAAAGCUCACGCCAAAGCAACACAACACCGUUCGUAUAAUUGCCCAAUACCUUCGCGAUCUGGGAUUGAAAGAAUCCCUAGACGCACUUACAGAAGAAAGUGGAUGCAAAGUCGAGAAUGCUAACGCACGAAAAUUGCGGGAAGCUAUUUAUAAAGUCAUUGAAGUGACUCAUUUAAAGACACCGAUGGCCUUGCGAUUACUUCGUGAAGAGUUCCCUAAUACACCUGUUGUGCGGGAAAAACGCUCCAGUAUGAUUCGGAUGCUUUUCAUGGACAAACAACAAUUAGCCGAAGUUCCAGAAGCUAUGCGUUACAGGACAAAGAAGGAUCGACGCAAACUUGUCAUUAAAGUGCAACGGGUGUUACCUGCUACCUUUAUUCUUCCACCAGCUAGACUCGAACAGCUUUUGGAUCAAGCCCACGCCACUCAAGUCUCGAAAUGCAGGGUACAUCUCAAAAAAGAAACAUCGGAAGGCUUAGAAGCUCCAGAUAUUUUUGUUGACCACAGCUGUCAAAAACGAUCUUCCCGAGGAUACGUUAACACUCAGACUAUUGGCGACCAUAAAUGUGAGGUGUGGUGCGUUGAGUUCUCUCCUGACGGUAAGCUACUCGCCAGUUGCUCUAAGUCAAGUCGCAUCUUCAUCCAUACGGUUACUUCUGGCGGCGAAAAGGUGGAGUUAUUACAUCUUCUUUCUGGAUAUGACACUGCUGAUGUUGUGUCAUGUAUGAGUUGGAGUGGCGACAGCAAGCUGUUAGCCGUUGCUUGUACGGAACAAGCUCCAUUUGACAUUAUGGUUUUUGCUGCUAAGGAAGGACGAAUGCUACGCACCAUUAACAACUUGCCAAAUUCUCUUUUUACUACUUGUGCCUUUUUCAAUGCUCCUAAUUAUGUUCUCAUUGCUGGAGACGAGCGAGGGCAUUUGCAGAUCUGUGAUAUCAAACAACCCUCAGAAGGACAUGUCCUUGGUCUUUGGGAAGGUUACCGCAUUCGCGGUGUCUACGGCAUGAGCGACUGUGUCACAGUUCUUGCCUCCGAUACGCAUCAUAGGCUUCGGCGGUACCGCUUCGAUAAUCGCGUUGAUGAGACAGUUUUCACAGAAGAGGUACCAAUCAUAUCAUUUCGGGUACACCCUAACGAGAGGUUUGUUCUCACAACAACACAACGAAAUCUUCGUAUGUGGGACCUACAAUCAAAGACUUUAGUUAGGAAUUUCUAUGGAGCUCAACAAGGAAAUUUAGUAAUUCAUGCCGGUUUUGGUGGAAUCAACCAUGGAUAUCUCGCUACAGGAACUGAAGAUCACAAAGUUGUAAUAUGGAGCAUCGGAAACAGCAAGCACACCAUGAGGUUACGAGGACACAAGCGUGUAGUCAAUGGUGUUUCCUGGAACCCAAAAUAUCCCACCUUAUUAGCAAGCUGCUCAGAAGAUAUGACAGUGCGUAUAUGGAAUAUUGCGCGUAAUGAUCUGCCUCCUGAACCACCCACGUCCAAAAAGAAGGGUCACAAGAAAAAAACGGGUAAACAACCGACAAAUGGCAAGGAUAAGAAAAAUGGAACCACGUGA